AACCGGCGAAGAUGCCCAUCCCGCCACCCCCGCUGCCUCCCUCCCCUCGCCACCUGUCCGCCGGGCCGGGCUCAGCCUCGCGCCCCCUGCAGGUCCGCGUCCCAGCGCCGGAGUUAGAGCCUCCCCGCCUGCUUUCAGGAGGGUGGGGCGGAACGCCCUGAACUCACGCCGCGCACCCCUCAUCGAGCACCCCCUCCACCAGAGGCACCAUGCCCGGUCUGUACUGCCCCUCCAGCUGGACGCCGCUGCCGCUCACGGACUCCUGGGUUCGGGCCUGCGCCAAUGGACCCUGCCUCAGCCUGCGGGCCCGGCUCACCUACCACAACCCACAGCCGCAGCCUGUGGACGGUGAGGCCCGGGCGGGGGCACAGGGUGGUGGCCAGCGCAAGCCUAGCAAGGUCCGACAUCGCCGGUGCCCCCCUCCCGCCCCAGGCGUGUUUGUGUACCCGCUGGCCGAGGCCGAAGUGGUUUCGGGCUUCGAGGCGGAGGCCGCCGGACGGCGCGUCUCCUUCCAGCUGCAGAGCCGGCGCCGCUCGCAGGACGCCUGCUGCCGCGCGGUGGGCCCCGCGCUGGGGGCCUCAACACCCCGCCGCUGUGCGCAGGGUCAUCUUGUCUUGGAUCUGGCCCAGGCCCGGUCCACACUGGUGCUGCCCACAGGCCUCAUCGCCGCAGCCGGCACCAUGACAGUGACCCUGCGCAGCAGCCGGGAGCUGCCCUCCAGGCCUGACGGGGUGCUGUGCGUGGCCCUGCCCUCCGUGCUCACCCCUCUGGCCCCGCCAGGCCCGCUGGGGCCCCCCAGGCCUCCGGGGCUCUGUGACGACAGUCAGCCAGAGGGGCUAGGGGCCCUGGUAGUGACCCUCCUUGUGUUCCUUUCCAGUCCCACCAGCUGCUUCGGAAUGGGCAGCCCUGAGGGGGAGGGGCCGGCCUGGGAGGAGCCAGCUGCCCCUCUGGACGUGUUCUCAGGCCCUGCCCGUUGCCCGGCCCCGUACACCUUCUCCUUCGAGAUGCUGGUGACUGGGCCAUGCCUGCUCGCAGGCCUGGAGAGCCCCUCUCAUGCUCUGCGGGCAGAUGCCCCCCCUCAUGCCAGCUCUGCAGCCACCAUCUGUGUCACUCUGGCAGAGGGCCACCACUGCGACCGGGCCUUGGAGAUCCUGCUGCACCCCAGUGAGCCCCACCAGCCACACCUGAUGCUGGAGGCCGGCAGCCUGAGCUCAGCAGAAUAUGAGGCCCAGGUGAGGGCCCGCCGGGAUUUCCAGAGGCUGCAGCGAAGGGACAGUGAGGGGGACCGGCAGGUGUGGUUCCUGCAGCGACGCUUCCACAAGGACAUCCUGCUGAACCCCGUGCUGGUGCUUAGCUUCUGCCCGGACCUGAGCUCCAAGCCUGGACACCUGGGCACAGCUACUCGGGAGCUCCUCUUCCUGUUGGAUGGCAGCAGCAUGGCACACAAGGAUGCCAUCGUUUUGGCCGUGAAGUCACUCCCGCCCCAGACACUCAUCAACCUGGCCACGUUUGGCACAUUGGUGCAGCCCCUCUUCCCAGAGAGCCGGCCUUGCAAUGAUGAAGCUGUGAAGCUGAUCUGCGAGAGCGUUGAGAUGCUGCAGGCUGCGGGCGGCCCGCCGGAUGUGAGGUCUGCACUGGACUGGGCCCUUGGGCAGCCCCAGCACAGGGCCCACCCUCGGCAGCUGUUCCUGCUCACCGCUGCCUCGCCCAUGGCUGCUGUGACCCACCACACCCUGGAGCUCAUGAGGUGGCACCGGGGGGCAGCCAGGUGCUUCUCCUUUGGGCUGGGGCCUGCCUGCCGCCAGCUGCUGCAGGGUCUGUCUGCCCUCAGCAGGGGCCAGGCCUACUUCCUGAGGCCUGGGGAAAGGCUGCAGCCCAUGCUGGUGCAGGCCCUGCGGAAGGCACUGGAGCCUGCGUUGAGCGACAUCUCUGUGGACUGGUUUGUGCCCGAUGCGGUGGAGGCACUGCUGACGCCCCGGGAGAUCCCAGCGCUCUAUCCUGGGGACCAGCUGCUCGGUUACUGCUCACUCUUCAGGGUGGACAGCUUCCGGUCCCGCCCCCUAGGGGGCCAAGAGCCUGGCUGGCAGAGCUUGGGCAGCUCCGUGUUCCCAUCCCCAGAGGAAGCACCAUCUGCCACCAGCCCUGGCACCGAGCCCACUGGCACCUCAGAGCCACUGGGAACAGGCACUGUGUCAGCAGAGCUGUCCAGCCCGUGGGCUGCUGGGGACUCAGAUCGGAGUACUGAUGCUCUGACAGACCCAGUCACGGACCCUGGACCUAACCCCUCUUCUGACACAGCCAUAUGGCGCCGCAUCUUCCAGUCCUCGUACAUCCGGGAGCAGUAUGUGCUUACCCACUGCUCUGCCAGCCCAGAGCCAGGCCCAGGCUCCACAGGCAGCAGCGAGUCCCCCGUCUCGCAGGGCCCUGGGUCCCCCGAAGGCAGUGCUCCCCUGGAUCCCCCUUCUCAGCAGGGCUGCCGCAGCCUGGCCUGGGGAGAAUCUGCUGGCUCCCACUCCUGCCCCCUGCCUCCACCCCCACUGGCUCCAGUCAAGACUGGGGCCUUGAGUGCUGAGGUGCUGGGCCGUCGACACAGAGCAGCUCUAACUGGCCAAAGCCUCUCAUCGCCCCCCGGCCGGGUGAACUCAGUCCCUGGCCAUCUCCGGCACCCCUCUCUGGGUGUAGCACCAGAUGGGCCAGGCCCUGAGCCAGGGCAGCUGCUGGGACAGGGCCUGGAUGACUCAGGAAACCUGCUCUCCCCAGCCCCCAUGGACUGGGACAUGUUGAUGGAACCACCCUUCUUGUUCACGGCUGUUCCCCCCAGUGGGGAGUUGGCCCCUCCAGCAAUACCACUGCCUCCCCAGCCUCCGCGCUGCCAUGUGGUGAUCCGGGCCCUGUGCGGGGAGCAGCCUAUGAGCUGGGAGGUGGGCGUUGGGCUGGAGAUGCUGUGGGGGCCUAGGGAUGCUGGCUCACUGCCUCCGUCACCCCCUGAAAGCGGAAAUGCUUGGGACCAAGCACUCCAUCGACUGACAGCGGCUUCCGUGGUCCGGGACAACGAGCAGCUGGCUCUCCGAGGACGGGGCGAGACCAGGGCUGACCGGGGUCAUGCCCGGAGGCCCUGGCUCCGAGCCCUUCAGACAAGCAAGGUCAGCUCUGCCCCUUCCUGCUUCACCUGCCCUGUAGCUGUGGAUGCUACCACCAGAGAGGUCCUACCUUCAGCCCUGCAGGUGCACAGCUCAGAGCUAGCCGAACCCCCAGGCACCCCUCCUGCCUCUCAAGGUCAUCUAGAUGCAGCUCCUCUGCCCACAGCCGUCCACUCUAAAGGACUUAAGGGAGGCUCUCUGGCAGGCGGCUGGGAGCCGGACCAAAUUGGCAACUCCAGUUCUGCUUUGGGGGACCGCGCAGCCCCCAUCGGAGGUCCUCAUCGUCUGCCCCCUGAGCCUCCCUCUCGGCUCAGCCUGGGCCGUCAGAAGGCCAGAGGCCCAGACAGCCAUAGACUCUGCAGCCCCAACACGGGCCAAGCCAGUGACAGCAACAGUGAAGGCAGCAACCAUGACUACCUGCCCUUGGUGCGCUUGCAGGAGGCACCUGGCUCCUUCCGCCUAGACGCGCCGUUUUGCACAGCGGUGCGCAUCUCGCGGGAGCGCCUGUGCCGCGCCUCGCCCUUCGCUGCGCAUCGCACCAGCCUCAGCCCCACCUCGGCCUCCUCUCCCUGGGCACUUCUAGGCCAUGGUGCUGGCCAGGGUGACAGUGCCACAGCCUCUUGCAGCCCAUCCCCCAGUUCAGGCUCUGAGGGUCCAGGCCAGGUGGACAGUGGCCGGGGCUCAGACACCGAGGCCUCGGAGGGGGCGGAAGGGCCUGGUGGUGCCGACCUGCGGGGCCGGACUUGGGCCACUGCUGUGGCGCUUGCGUGGUUGGAGCACCGCUGUGCCGCGGCCUUCGGCGAGUGGGAACUGGCGGCAGCUAAGGCUGACUGUUGGCUGCAGGCCCAGCACCUGCCCGACGGCCUCGACCUGGCCAACCUCAAGGCCGCAGCCCGGGGUCUCUUCCUGCUGCUGCGCCACUGGGACCAGAACCUGCAGCUGCACCUGCUGUGCUACAGCCCAGCAAACAUGUGAGGGUCACUGGUUGCUCUGGCUGGCACCCCCCAACAAACUCAAGUCACUGCCACCCAGAGCCGGCCUCUUGGUGCUGGGAAGGGGUGGGCUGGUGACAGUCCGCCCCUACUGCUUCUCAUUCCCUUCACAAAAUCCUCUUGCCCCACAAAAAGUGCCUGCCUGUGCUCUCUCCUGCUCCUUCCGCCCCAUGCCCCUUCCCCUCUGAGCUCUGUGCAGUGCAGUAGAAGGGGAGAGAGCCACAGUCCCUAAA